UGGGCGAUCAGCAGACUCGGUGUGGAACAAACCACUCUGAUCCCAGUAAAAAGAUCGGGGCUUUGACGACAAUGGUGGACUCCGAGCCCGAGAGCAGCGCCAAUUCCAUGUCUUCCAACUCGUCACCGUCUUCGUCUUCUCCCUCCCGAGCCCUUCAUCAUCGGCAAGCGAUGGGCACGUCGUCGAGUUCUGCAAAGAAGGCUGCCAAAGGCGGCGGCGCGGACCAGAGAAGGUACCCCGUGUACCGCGGCGUGCGGAAGCGGAGCUGGGGGAAGUGGGUGUCGGAGAUCCGGGAGCCCCGCAAGAAGUCGCGCAUCUGGUUGGGGACGUUCCCGACACCGGAAAUGGCGGCGCGCGCCCACGACGUGGCGGCGCUAAGCAUCAAGGGCGCCGCUGCUAUCCUCAACUUCCCCGAGCUGGCCGCCUCCCUCCCCCGACCCGCCACCCUCGCGCCCCACGACAUCCAGGCGGCCGCCGCGAAGGCCGCCGCCAUGGAGCCCGCGGCCCUGACGCAGUCCCCCAGCUCCUUGCCCGCCGCAGCCGCCGAGCUCGGUGAGAUCGGCGAGCUGCCGCGACUGGAUGGCUGGUUCCUCGAAUCGGUCGAUCCAGGGGCCGACUUCCUCUACCACCACGACCCGCUCGACUCGUUUCUGUAUCCGGAAAGCGAUCUUUACGACUCGACGUCCGAUCAGAUGUGGUGGUCGGAUGCUUUGGUUCCCACCAGCUUCGACGCUGGUCUAUGGGACUACUGACUCUCUCUCUCUCUCUCUCUCUGCGCUUGAGAAGGGAUGGAAGAAGGAAAGAGUUGAUUGGUUCAGCGCAUGCAAUCAAUUCGUUCCAUGUCUGUCAGGGAUGAAACCUUCGUCCCGCUGCAUGUUCCCGAAUUCUUUGUCGCUUACAUA